AUGGCGGCAUCCAGAAGCAUGCAAACGAAUUAUGCUCCCUAUUUUUAUGACAAUGGACCUGGAAGCACCAAUGGAAACAUGGCCCUUCUGAGCCUCUCUGAAGACACUCCAGUUGGAACAUACAUAUAUACACUGAAUGGCAGUGAUCCAGAAGGCUAUCCAGUGGUGUACGGUCUCACCUUUCCACCAGGAUCAAAAAGUUAUUUUUUAGUUGACUCAAUCAAUGGAAAUGUUACAUUAAAGGAAGAACUUGACAGAGAGAAACAGAAUGAAAUAGAAGCCAUUGUCAGUGUAUCUGAUGGACUAAAUAAGGUUUCUGAAAGAGUACGUAUUUUGGUGACAGAUGCCAAUGAUGAGAGUCCUGAAUUCCAGAAAACUCCGUACAUUGUGAAUGUUCCAGAGGAUACACCUCCGGGGAGCAGCAUUUUUCAGGUGGAAGCCAUAGACAAAGAUAUGGGUUCUGGUGGAAGCAUCACAUACUUAAUGCAGAACUUACACAGUUCCAAAUUCACAGUAGAUCGUCAUAGUGGAGUUCUUCGUAUUAAAAAUGGGGCAUCUUUGGACUUUGAAAAGUCAAGAGCUCAUUUUGUCACAAUAUUAGCUAAGGAUGGAGGAGGGAAGCUUCGUGGGAAGUACCAGGUCUUUACGUCAACUACCACAGUUACCAUUAAUGUUGAAGAUGUACAAGACUCCCCACCAGUAUUUGUACACACACCUUACUAUGGAUAUGUCUAUGAGGACACCACUCUGGGGGCAGAAAUACUUACAGUGAUGGCUUUUGAUGGAGAUAGAGGAAACCCCAACACAGUACGAUAUUAUCUUUUAGAUGGAGGAGAUGGAGCUUUUGAUAUAAAUGUCUUUACUGGAGUUGUUACCGUCACUAAGAACCCAAAUGAACUGAAGAAGGAGGUGUAUGAGCUGAAGAUACAGGUGUCUGAAUUAACACCAACUGGGGAUGUGGUAGGUCAUGCUGUUACUGUAGUAACCAUACGAGUUGUUGAUCUAAAUAAUCACCCUCCAACCUUUUAUGGGGAAAACGGACCCCAGAACCAUUUUGAACUUACUAUGUAUGAACAUCCACCAGAAGGAGAGAUACUACGUGGGCUUAAAAUCACAGUCAAUGAUUCAGAUCAGGGAGCAAAUGCCAAAUUCAACUUGCGUUUGGUUGGACCUGGAGGCAUUUUCCGCGUAGUGCCACAGACUGUAUUAAAUGAGGCUCAAGUAACAAUAAUUGUGGAGAACUCUGCCGGAAUAGACUAUGAAAAAUUUCAUUUGUUAACCUUUAAGCUUCUUGCCAUUGAAGUUAACACUCCAGAAAAAUUCAGCUCAACAGCAGAUAUAACCAUCCAUCUUUUGGAUAUUAACGACAAUGUGCCAAAGUUUUCCUCAGAAUAUUAUGUUGCAAGAAUCCCAGAAAACUCCCCAGGAGGGUCCAAUGUUGUAGCUGUGACGGCGACUGACUUGGAUUCUGGACUUUGGGGUGAAAUCAAGUAUUCUAUAUAUGGUGCUGGAUCUGAUCCCUUUCUAAUUCAUCCUUCAACUGGUAUCAUUUACACUCAACCCUGGGCCUCUCUUGAUGCUGAAGAUAACGUUAAAUACAACUUCUAUGUCAAAGCUGAGGAUACUGAAGGGAAGUAUAGUUUAGCUGAAGUAUUUGUUACUGUACUAGACAUCAAUGAUCAUUGCCCAGAGUUCAGUGAGAACAUUCAGGAGAAAACUAUGGUCAUAGGAUCUCCAGUGAAAAUAGAGGCAACUGACCAGGAUGCAGAAGAACCAAACAAUGUAGUAAACUAUUCCAUCAUGCAAGCUGAUCCAGACAAUGUCUUUGAUAUAGACCAGAAUACUGGGGAGAUAAAACUCAAGUCCUAUAUCAGGUCUCUGGAUGUAAUUCAGAACAUCACCCGGAAUAAGAACUGCAAGUGGUCUGUGGUUGUACAGGCAAAAGACAGAGGUUCUCCAUCAUUCAGCACUACUGCAGUGGUCAAGAUUGAUGUAACUGAAGAGACUCUUCUACACAAGGGGCCUGUGGCUGCCUUUUUGAUGCAAAGUAAAGAUAACCCCAUGAAAGCGUUGGGGGUGCUUGCUGGUGUCAUGGCAAUUAUGGUGGUCAUUACAGUCUUAAUUUCUACUGCUAUGUUUUGGCGCAACAAAAAAUCUAAUAAAAUCAUGCCUCUGAGGAAAAUAAUUAGAAGGAGAAGACCAGACCACCCCACCCGGACAAUUAGGACAGAAUGGUUGAAGUUUAAGAAAUCUUCAAGUUCUUCAGAAAAGUUCGCCAUGCAAGAUAUGGAAGUCAGUCUGCAAAAUGAGAAUGGUAAUAACAACAGUCAAUGUAUCCCCUUCCCCCCACAUGCCCCCUGCCCGCCUCCACCUCCACGUCUAAUAUCAAGACAGAGUAAGACAGAAUGGAGCGUACCCACCGUCUCUGGUUCUUUGACACCCAAGAUUAUUGAUCAGCAAAUGAAACAGAAAGUUCCAAGUGCCAGUGCUGCUCUUGUAUCUGAACUGAAACAAAUGCUGGAGAAGAAAAAUGCUGGGAGCUCAGUGUCUUUUUACUAGUUUUUCACAGAGAUAUGAAGGAAACCUUUUCUUCAUUAUAUUGCACCAAGGUUCAUUGUGUACUGUUUAAUGUCUGA